AGCUGCUUGGCUUCUGAAUUCACUCAACGAUGGCAACGUUCCACCCAUCUCAGGAUCUCCAGCAUGAUGGCGUCAUGUGCGUCAUCUCAGUGUGCAUGGUAGCUCAGAGUGGCAAGCGGCAGACCCCAAGCUAGCAGAGCUGCGCUUGGAUGAUCCUGAGAACUGCGGCGGCAAGCCUUGCGCUCGUUGCGCUUGGAGCGCCGCUUUCUCGCGUUGCCCCGCCUGCCAUGCACGGGUGCAGUGAGAAGCUGGCGCCGGGUGCCGAAGCAGCUGGGCAGGGCGUGGCAGAGGAAUGCGCAGGAGCAAGAGUCUGUGAAGAAGCCAGGCGAUGCCGGGGAGCUCUGUGUGAGCUUUCUGGACUUUCGCAGUGAGGCCAGGCGAGCGCUGGAAGCGCAAGAGGCACGAGAGGAGCGUGCUCAACGUCGCAAGCGGCCACAGCGGGAGGAAAUCACUAUGCUGUCUUCGGAUGAGGAGGAGAAGCCGAUCACUUUUCUGGCCUCCACUUCACGGCAGGUGCGGCCAGGUGGGCAUUGCAGCUGGCCGAGUCACAAGCCCGGUUCAGGCUUUGAAACACCCUGCACGCCAUGCAAAGAGGCGCCGUCGAGCAGCUCCGCAGGGCAAGACUUGCAGACCCCGCCGCCACGACAGCUUGUCAAGGAGGCCUUGAGUGGUCAGAAGCUUCCCAUGACGCUGAAGGAGUGGGCAGAGGCGCCACCAGAGGUACGCUUCGCUGCAAAGGCUGGCCUGGAUUUGGACUCUCAGCUGGAGCUCUGAAACCAAAGACUUUGUCGAUCCUGUCCUGGCAUCAUGGUAUCACCGAGUUGGUUGCUUUUGGUGCCUA